AUGGCCUCGGCCUCGUCCCGCCGGGCCCGGCGCGCCGGCCCUCCCGAUGGCGGCUGGGGAUGGAUGAUCGUCGCUGGCUGCUUCCUUGUCACCAUCUGCACCAGGGCCGUCACAAGGUGCAUCUCUAUCUUUUUUGUGGAGUUCCAGGCAUACUUUGGGCAGGAUUAUGCCAGAACUGCUUGGAUCCAUUCCAUUGUCGACUGUGCUACAAUGCUUUGUGCCCCCCUUGGGAGUUUAAUCAGUAAUCAUGUAUCCUGCCAAGUCGGCAUCAUGCUAGGUGGGCUGCUUGCAUCUUCUGGCCUAAUUCUGAGCUCAUUCGCCACCAGUCUGGAACAUCUCUACUUAUCAUUAGGAGUCCUCACAGGACUUGGGUUUGCACUUUGUUAUUCUCCAGCCAUUGCGAUGGUGGGCAAAUACUUCAACAAAAGGAAAGCACUGGCGUAUGGAAUAGCCAUGUCAGGAAGUGGAAUUGGUACCUUCAUCCUGGCCCCUGUGGUCCAGCUCUUAAUUGAGCAGUUUUCCUGGCAAGGAGCUUUGCUCAUCCUGGGAGGUUUUGUUUUAAACCUCUGUGUCUGUGGUGCCUUGAUGCGGCCUAUUUCUCUUAAGGAGGAUUGUAAAACUGCUCCUGAGAUUCUUGAACAGAAUUAUGUCCCUGAAACAGAGAAACAAGACUUAAAGCGACUGUCCAUCUGUUCACCUUUAAUCAAAUUAUGGCCUCAUGAAUGUUUAUGCUACUGCUCGUGGAAGGAAUAUGACUUUUUGCUGAUGCCAGGCUUUAUGGUGCUGGCAGUGUCAAUUUUAUUUAUGGCAUAUGGCUGCAGCCCUCUUUUUGUCUACCUAGUGCCUUAUGCUUUGAGUGUUGGAGUGAGUCAUCACCAGGCUGCCUUCCUCAUGUCCAUACUUGGUGUCAUAGACAUCAUUGGUAAUAUCACCUUUGGAUGGCUCACAGACAGAAGGUGUCUGAAGAAGCAUCGGUACUUUUGCUACCUCUUUGCUGUGGGAAUGGAUGGCCUCUGUUGUCUUUUCCUGCCAGUCCUCCAAAGCUUCCCUUUGCUUGUGCCUUUCUCAUUUACCUUUGGCUACUUUGACGGAGCCUAUGUAACGCUGAUCCCUGUCAUGACAGCAGAUGUAGUGGGAACUUCUUUGUUAUCAUCAGCACUGGGUGUGGUGUAUUUUCUUCAUGCCAUACCAUAUCUAGUGAGCCCACCUGUGGCAGGUUGGCUUGUGGACACAACUGGCAGCUAUACUGCAUCAUUUCUCCUGUGUGGAUUUUCUAUGAUAUUUAGUUCAGCGCUAUUGUGCUUUGCAAGACUAGCAAAGAAAAUCAAAAGAACACAUUUGCAGUCUCUCAUUGGUAACACGGCCUUGAAACAGCACAUCUGGACAAAUGGAGCGAUAGCUUAUUCUGUCACAGCAGAAUUAGACCAAAGGGAUGUUGAAUUUUUGGCUGUGGAUACAAAUAGCUUCAGCAACAGGUGA